CGGGCCCGGGGUCCUCGACGCCUGCGCUCGCUUCUAUAAAGGCCGACGCCGCGCCGCGCCGCCGUAGUGGCCUUGUCCUCUGCCUCUCGUCUUACUGUGUAGGCGCUCCUCAGCUCUCGUCAGCCUCGGGCUGUCCUUUGAAACCGAACGCCAUGCCUUCCAUUAAGUUGCAGAGUUCUGAUGGAGAGAUAUUUGAAGUUGAUGUGGAAAUUGCCAAACAGUCUGUGACUAUCAAGACGAUGUUGGAAGAUUUGGGAAUGGAUGAUGAAGGAGAUGAUGACCCAGUUCCUCUACCAAAUGUUAAUGCAGCAAUAUUAAAAAAGGUCAUUCAGUGGUGCACCCACCACAAGGAUGACCCUCCUCCUCCUGAGGAUGAUGAGAACAAAGAAAAGCGAACAGACGAUAUCCCUGUUUGGGACCAAGAAUUCCUGAAAGUUGACCAAGGAACACUUUUUGAACUUAUUCUGGCCGCAAACUACUUAGACAUCAAAGGUUUGCUUGAUGUUACGUGCAAGACUGUUGCCAAUAUGAUCAAGGGGAAAACUCCUGAAGAGAUUCGUAAGACCUUCAAUAUCAAAAAUGACUUUACUGAAGAGGAGGAAGCCCAGGUACGCAAAGAGAACCAGUGGUGUGAAGAGAAGUGAAAUGUGCCUGACACUGUAACACUUUUUUGGCCGGGGCUGCGUUUGAACCCACCACAUCCAGUAUAUGGGGCCAGUGCCCUACUCCUUAGAGCCACAGGCGCCGCCCCAUUGAUUUUUUUAUUUUUUUCUUCCCCUUGUGCUCUUUUUUUCUUCUUCCUUUCACAGUUACAUCAUCUGUAUUCAUUUGUAACCUUACUGUAUUCUCUUAUACUCUGAGUUCUUCAGGCUCUGAUUAUCACGACAGUAAUUUGGCUUUACCUCACCUCUCAUUUGUCCCAAAUUUAAUAAAAUCACACAUGUCAUUUCACAUAAUUCCCAUUUGUUGUUG